GCGCUGAAGUGGCAGUCGCAGGAGAUGGGGGGGUUGCCGUCGAUGGCGGAGAUCUGGAAGACGGGGUCGGCGGACCUGUCGCGGCGGUUCGCGCAGGCCAAGAAGGCCGCGAUCGAUGGCAAGGUCGCCACGGUGACGGUGCUGGGAGUCGACCUGGUGGACGUGGAGAUGCUCGAUCGCGGCGAGAUCAAGAACCGCGAUCUGGACUAUACCUCGUUCGCGCACACGUUUGUCGUGGCGGUGGGGCGCGAGGGGUUCCGUGUCUACACGGCGUGGCGCGCGCAGGGCCAUCGGUUUGAUCAGGUUUUGGGGAAUGGUGGGUCGAGGCUGCGCUCGUGGGCGGAGUCGAGGUCCUUCCUUAGAAGCUUUGGCAGGCUCUGUCGGGCUCAGAAGAAAUGGUCGCCCGAGUUGAACAGUGCGUAUCUAGAGUGUUUUGGCAUCGAUCUGGACUCGAUCUGUGGGGAGGGACGUCCUAAGCUUCCGAUUGUCCCGGUUUAUCGGCCCUGGGUUAGGAUCUUCGAGAUCAACGACGUCAAAGUUGAACAUAUCCGGAAGUUUACAUGGGAUGGCAGCACCCCGCAGAAGUCAUGA